GAAAAAAUACGCUUAUCAUUUAUCUACAAUCCAAAUUGCUUCCACCAGCACAAAAACUGAAUUUUCCAGAGAUGCAAAUGGGUUCGAAUCAUAUUCUGUCAAAGCCUACAAACAUUCACCAACUAGUAUAUUUGAUAUAAGUGAUAUUUUUUCAAGAAAUAUUCUUCAUACAAGUAAAACAAUUUUAAAGACUACAAAUUUAGCAUCAGCAUCAGUCUCUCCUUGCAGUUACUACAUUAUGAGAAAUAAUACCAACAGCACGAACAUCAAAGAGAAAAGAUCAAUUUGGUUACAACAUUUAAGUCCUACAAGCGUCUAUCUAUCUCCAUCAAGCACAUUAGGAAUAUUGGCAACUUCUAGCGUUAAUUUUACAAGCGUCGGAGUGAGCGCAUACCUAAAGCAAUUUGAUGGAUAUUCCUCCAAUACAAAAGGAAACAUAGCCAAUUUUUCAGAGACUUUACUCAACACAAAGCAGCGUUCUGAUAAUUCAAGCAAGAUGAAAGACGUCAGCAUAAAAGCCUUCAUACCCGAACUGAGAUCAUCCAUGCCAACAAUGGAGAGUUCCAGAAAUGAACAAAGUAUCAAAAAGAUUACUUAUAACACGGUAACAUAUUCAACAAAUGAAUUCACGUUUCAAGCAGCAAGAACCUCAAAGCUCUUUUACACAUCAACAUUUCAUACAACCCAAAGUAUCCACAACUAUCAAGAUAAACCAAAGAUACCCAUGUAUGUCCUCGCUAUCUGCUUGCCUCUAGCUGCGUUGCUUGGUUUUGCCCUCGCGUUUAUUUUCUUUAAAAGGAACAACGAAAACCAUAAAGUGCGUUAUUCUGUCACAGUGGAAAUUUCCGAAAAGCCUGAAGGUUAUGAAAUGUACAGAAUGUAUAGCAUCAUUGAUGUGAGUGCAGGAAUUAAUAAAGAUUUUUUGAAUGGAUUAGAAAGCAGAAAGGGAAGUGUUGAUAUGGUUGAGAAACCUGAUCAAAGCUUUCUUAAACAACGGGAUAAUCGUGUAUGACUUAUGUACACAGCACAAAUAAACAGUAGAUAGCAUUGAGAGAGAAGAUGGGCAAGAAGUCACGAUCAUUUCAUCAAUAUUCAUUUACGAAAAUUUUAGAAAACUUUCCCGUGCCAUUGUAAAUUAUAUAUCCAGUGAGACAUAACACAAGAAACAAAACGAUACAAAGUUUUAUAUAAUUAACCAUCUACAAGAACCAGAUAGAUUAAUACUUUCAAAGCCUUAAUUACAUUACAUAUUUUUGAAAAA